UUUGAACUUUCAAACAAUAAUUAUCUAUUAUUAUGUAAGAGUAGAGUCAAAUACAAAGAAUUAUUUUCGAUCCCUAAAAAAAUCGUGGGUCCAUAGCCCUUGCAAUGAAUUUCAUACGCUAAUGUCAAUGAAGGAGGUUUCCUCCAUUGACCAGAUUGAUUGCUAGAUUGCUAGCUUGUCUUGCUUCUCUGUUCUUCUCCUUCUCUCUCUCUCUCUCUCUCUCUCUGUUCUAGCUUAGCUUUGUUCCCGUCAAAUAAUCAAAUACUAUAAAAUGGACCCUUUUGCCCAUUUACCCAUUUCCUCUUUCUUCUUAUUUUUUAUUUUCUACUCUUAUUUCCUUUUCAAAGAUUUCAACUAUACACUCCAUCUCAAGGUCUUCUCUUCUUCCUAUUUUUAUAUGGGAGAAGGAGUGAUUCUUGUGAUUAACUAAUUAUGGGAAAUUGUUGUAGGAAACCCGCCAAGUGCACUCAUGCUUCUUCUACUAAUUUUUCUUCUGCUUCUGGAAGUAAAAAGUCUCAUAAUAAUGGAUUGAAGCAAGAUUCUACAUCUUCCAAUCAAACAUCAGUAGCAAGCUCGAACAAAUCUUCAAUAACAAGCAAAGUUGAUGCAAAUGUUUCCAGCAAUCUCAAGUCCUUUAGCUUUAGUGACUUGAAGAAUGCCACCAAGAACUUUCGUUCCGAAACAAUGCUGGGAGAGGGCGGUUUCGGGUGUGUUUUCAAAGGAUGGCUUGAUGAAAACACUUUAGCUCCUACUAAACCAGGAACUGGAAUUGUUGUGGCAGUAAAGAGGCUCAAGGCAGAAAGUUGUCAGGGUCACAAGGAGUGGCUUGCAGAGGUAAACUAUCUAGGUCAGCUUCGUCAUGAAAAUCUAGUGAAACUCAUUGGCUAUUGUGCUGAAUCUGAUAGUAGACUUCUAGUUUAUGAGUUCAUGCCAAAGGGAAGUUUGGAGAAUCACUUAUUCAGAAGGGAUCAACCUAUCACCUGGGUUACUCGGAUGCGCAUUGCCAUUGAUGUUGCAAGGGGAUUGUCCUUCUUACAUGGUUUAAAUGCCAAUGUCAUUUAUCGAGAUUUGAAAGCAUCCAAUGUUCUACUUGAUUCGGAUUACAAUGCGAAGCUUUCAGAUUUUGGCCUAGCAAGAGAUGGUCCUACUGGAGAUAAUACUCAUGUUUCAACCAGAGUGGUGGGAACUCGGGGUUAUGCUGCACCGGAAUAUGUCGCCACUGGUCACUUGACUCCAAAGAGCGAUGUGUAUAGCUUUGGCGUUGUCUUGCUAGAAUUACUGUCAGGAAGAAGGGCAAUGGAUGAUGAAAGAACCAAUUUUGUUGACGAAACUCUAGUGGACUGGGCAAAACCUUUCUUAAGUGACAGCAGGCGAGUUCUGAGAAUCAUGGACACUAGAUUGGGUGGUCAGUACUCGAAGAAAGGAGCCCAAGCUGCAGCCUCACUUGCAUUGCAAUGCCUGCAUAUAGACCCCAGAAAUAGGCCCUCAAUGAUUGAAGUUUUAACUGCCUUAGAAAAACUUAACAUAUCAAAGGAUGUGCCAAGAACACCCCCUUCUGCUAAGCUGGAUAAUCACAAUAUCAAGAAUAUUAAUAGCCCUCGCCAGAGUAAUAGAGUAACCACCAAUUUGGUAUGACCAAUUUUUGCUUGUGUGCUUGUGCAUUAUUCAUGUUACUCAUAGCUAGUGUUGGGUACUGAAGCUGGUUGAAGCUACUGCGUGCAAAAAUGCGACAUCCACAUAAUUGUGAGAUCAGUUUCCCAGAUGAUGAUAAAAGGUUCUUUUAGCAUCAAAUGAAUGUUUGUAUAUAAUCUCAAAUGAAUGUUUGUAUAUAAUCUCUCAACUUUUUGAAGAUCGUGGCUUAGUAUCAGUUUAGUAGUUCUUGUUUGUUAGGAGAAUGUUGUUACUGUUAUUGUAAAAAUCUGUAUAAGAUUGCAUUCUCUCUUUGUUAUAGAAUGGAGGAAAAAUAUAAAAAACAACUUCAGCAGA